UUCCCCCGGACAUCAUGUGCCGGAACCUCCUGUUUCCCGGGGUGUGACUAUCGUUGCGCUGAUACUAAAUUCCAAAUAAUUAAAACCAAUCGGGGUUGGAGUGAUCUCUCGGUGUCGGUCUGCGGGAUGGGUUAUCACUGGGGCGGCUGCUGAGAGCGGGAACCGCGGGUCCAACCGGAGCAAAAGCAGCUUUCGGACGUUCCUGAGACAGAGAAACCGGGAGAGGAGCCGGGGCUCGGAGGCUACUCCAGGCCGGGGCUCGGGGAGAGGAACCGGGGCUCGGAGGCUAAUCCAGGCCGGGGCUCGGAGGCUAAUCCAGGCCGGGGCUCGGGGAGAUUUGCUGGGAUCUGCAGUUGGGGUUCAGGCCGGUGCUUUGGGGCUCGGGGCUGUCGGUUGUUCACCGCGGGCUGAUCCAGGCUCCCGGCCACAAUGUCCAUCUUCACUCCCACCAACCAGAUCCGCCUGACCAAUGUGGCGAUUGUCCGCAUGAAGAGAGCAGGGAAACGCUUUGAAAUCGCCUGUUAUAAGAAUAAGGUGAUGAGCUGGAGGAGCGGAGCUGAAAAGGAUCUUGAUGAAGUUCUUCAAACUCACACCGUAUUUACAAAUGUGUCAAAAGGACAGGUGGCAAAGAAAGAGGACUGUAUUGCAGCAUUUCAGACAGACGAACUCACUGAAAUAUGUAAACAGAUUCUGGCAAAGGGUGAAUUGCAAGUAUCUGAUAAGGAGCGACAUGCACAGCUCGAACAGAUGUUUAGAGACAUAGCAACUAUAGUAGUAGAGAAGUGUGUGAACCCAGAAACUAAGAGACCUUACACAGUAAACCUGAUUGAGCGAGCCAUGAAGGACAUCCAUUACUCUGUGAAAGCCAACAAGAGCACAAAACAGCAGGCACUCGAAGUAAUAAGAUUACUAAAGGAGAGUAUGAAGAUUGAACGUGCUCACAUGAGACUCCGACUCAGGCUUCCGGUAAGGGAUGGAAAGCGUCUUAAGGAAAAGCUGAAGCCUUUGAUUAAAGUGAUGGAAAGUGAAGAAUUUUCUGAGGAUUUAGAAAUUGUGUGUUUGAUUGAUCCUGGCUGCUUCAGAGAAAUUGAUGAACUAAUCCGACGUGAAACAAAGGGAAAGGCUUCCCUGGAAGUUCUCAGCUUAAAGGAGGUGGAGGAAGGAGAUGAGAAACUUGAAUAAGUUCAUGAGAGCUCUGGUCUUGCAAAAUCAAUAAACUACUAAAGCUACAUAACCAUGUUAAGUUUUCUUAAAUUACACUUGUACCGAUAAGUAUUCACUUAACUUGUAUGAGAUGACCAUGUCAUCUUCAGUGGGAGCUCACAAUGAAUGAAUGAAAUAGCAAUUACGAUUUUUAAUCCUUAACCACUUUAAUUGAUAUUCUUUCCAGAGUGUGUUCUGAUUGAGUUUUUCCUUUUCUUAUAAAUGUAUUUAAUUAAAAUAUAUAUUGAAUCCA